AUGGUCAUCGUUCCUAAAACCCUCUUUCCUGAUGUGCCAAAUCAAAUUGAACUUCAUUCCAAACAUCCCCUUUUGCGGGUACUGAUUGGAGCAUCAGUGCAUGGUCUCAUCAACGACUCCAUGGUGACCUCCUAUACAGAACUGCACCAAAGAAAAUCACAGGGACUAUAUGUCGCUGAACUGGCUUACCGCACUCCCUUUGUCGUGUCUGAAGGUGUUGCGGUGACCCUGAACAUCACAUAUGACUACUGCUUGGAAGCCAUCGGCACCUUCGAGAUCGGAACGCCUCUGAUCAACUGCAGAUAUGAGAAGAGUAAAAGCGUCCUCUGUUACGCAUACAUGAUCAGACACUUUUCUAUCCUCAUGGGGGAGACGGAUAAGACCCUCUACCGGCCGGGGGAGACCGUCCGCUUCCGUUUCCUGGCCUUCAAUCCACGUACCAUUCAGCCAGACAGCACAAAACCUGCCUGGCCGCUCUACAGGGUUGACAGAACAGACUUCGCCUAUCCUAAACUGGUUAAGAUUCCGGACGAGGAGGUUAAACGUCGUGAAGGGCCACCGUACUUUGACGUCAUUUACGUAGAAGAUCCGCAUCGUAAUCGCCUCAAAGAAUGGACAUCUGUCCUGCAACCAAUGGCACUCAGUUUGUCUUUUCAGAUUCCGAGCGAUGCGUCUGAGGGUCGUUGGCGUAUCGUUGCUAGACUGUUCGCUGAAGUGAAAGAAAUAGAGAUAGACGUUCGGCAGUAUGUUAUGCCACAUUUUCUUGUAUCGGUGACGGGACCUGCGGAGGUUAGUCUUACUGAGGAAUUCCUUCAGCUGCGAGUCUGUGCCGCCUACACCAACAGCACCAGCUUCUUUCGAGGGCACUACGAUAUCCAAGUCUGUUUGUGUUCAAGAUCUGUGUGGGAACACCAGCAGGAAUUGGGCAUCCAGUUUCAGGAUGGCACCUGCCUCUCCGUAUCACCGAAUUCCCAGUCUGUGAUAAGUCGGUGUGUUCAGAGUAGUGGACUGUUGGAAACAAAUCCAGAAAAUGGAGGCUGUGUUCAUGUGAAGCCUUCUCUACGAACCCUGAUGCAAGAGACGCGGGCACGUACCGACUGGGACCAGCAACUCGGAGCAAUCGUCAAGGUCACAGAGGCCAUUGCGGUCGACACGGCUUCUGUGGUUACCAAGUUUACUCAAAUCGGUAUUCGAGUCUACAGGACACCGAAACUGGAGCUUAAAGUGGAUCCUACCUACCGAACUGGUCUUCCUAUCUUUGGUAGCGUUCGGUUGAGUGGUUUGGAUGACCUUCAUCCGCUGAAUGCUACUGCUUCCAUUUCAGUAAUGGUUUUUGAGAUCAACUCUUUUGGAUAUUGGGGUCCCUCUCUGGAGCCGGGCGAGGGCGAAACUGGUGCUAACAUCUUUAAGAUCAUACUGACCCCGGACGAGCAAGGUUUUGCCUCCUUUGUCAUCCCACCUCUGUCCAGUGGAAAUGAUCUUCGAGUUAAGGCAAGAGUGGAUCCAGGGAGGACGGACUACCCAACCACCAGAACUACAUCCUCGUCCACGUUGCGGGAUCGACUAUGUCCCGGUUGCUCCGCUUGGGUUAUUGAUAAUGAAAUCUCCACAUCCGAACAUGUUCGGCACUGGCAGUCGAGAUCCCCGCUGGCGCUGACCGUAGAGAAAACAGCCUAUGACACCACCAAACCCUGCCCAGGCACGUUGACUGUCUCCCUCCUGGCCAACUCGCCGCUAGCUGAGGAGGACAUCUUCAUGGUCUACCUGUCUCAGGGGACGCCAAAGCGGAUUUCUGCGCUCCUUCGGUCUUCCUUGAGCAAUGGCCAAGCCUGCAGAGACCAGGACGGACCGCUGGGUCAUUACACUUGCAAUACUGCCUUCAAGCCCGGCGAGAUCGGGGAGAUCACCUGUCUGUCAGGCUGGAGGGGGGACAAUUGUAUGACACCGGACUGUCCCGAUGAGGAUUGUGGGCCGGGUGGACUGUGUGUGGCGCCCGGUGUGUGCUCUUGCCGAGACGGUUGGCGUGGCGAAAGAUGUGAAAUCUGCGAACCCCGAAAGGGCUGCCUUCAUGGAGACUGCAGGCAUGGCAAUGACUGUGUUUGUAGAGAUGGCUUCACUGGCCGUCUGUGUGACCGGCCGCAAGUUUUGUACGACAUCAUGGGUGAAAUUAUGCCCCUCAGUGCAUUCAAUUCCACUUUCGCGAAUGGGAAUCCGCCACCUGCAGCUUCCUCGGCACCCCUGCCAGAGGCAGGCACUGGGGUUCGACGGACCGUCUUCAAGUACGAAGCUGUUUUUAAAAUGGACGUCAGUUUUGCGUCGACUCUGAGGGCAGUUGUCUACGUUUACCAUCAAGGAAAUGAGGAUAAAGUUCCCGGUGUCUAUGAGAUCAUCUCUGAUUUUAUUAAAAUUGAAGGCUUUAAAUCCUGUUCCACUCAAACACUGGUCAAGGGUAGUCGCGAAUCAGUAUCCACUGGCCUUCUGAAUCAGCACACUGUUUUGCCUGGAGACGUAUUGCAACUCACUUUGAGAGUUCCGACGACUGGUCACAAUACCGACUCCCAAACUCCUGGACCUGACCACUUUUGCAUACUAAGGAUGCUUAGUGUCCCAUUUAAACACCUUGAUCGUCCCCCACUGGGGUCUUUCAUCAACCCGCACACUUACGUUGGUCAACUGGAAGACUUCUUCUACCAGGGCGACUUCCCAGUUUUCAGCACAAAGACCGCCUUCGAGGCGGCUGGUAUCGACUUCAUUCGCAUAGGACCCUUCAGGAGUCCUGCCCCACGUGCAGUCAUGUGGCCUGUCUUCACGCCCCUCCAGGAUAGCGAGCAGUUUGCGUCUGCCUUCCAGGACAGUGAACUCCUUUCCCCGCCGACUAGGACCCUUUCCUCUGAUUCCUUCGCGUUCUCCUCUUCUUGGCUCUUUGACUACGUCAAGUUGCAGCCGGACACUGUAUCUUCGCAGGUUUUCAGCGCCAAUUUGACAGCCCCCAACGUUGUAAGUAGUUGGGAACUCUCGACCACUUGUUUCGCACCUGACCUCGGGCUCUGGAUGCCACAGAGUCUGGACAGGGAAUCCAUUCACGUCACUCUGCCAUUCCACUUCGAAUUUGCACCAGUCACCAGGAUGAGACUAUCGGAGGUACUUCACCCAUCACUCACCAUUAGUCUGCUGCCAUCCGACAGACGUGCCUGCUAUGAGAUCUCUGUCUCUCUGGUUGCGAACGACGCUGACUGGCAGGUUCUCGGAAGCCGACGCCUGCUCAGAUGCCUCUGUACGGGCGACCCGAGGGCUACCUUGGCGCCGAUAGCUCUAACACCUCGAAGACUGGGUCAUCUGACCGUUACCGUGCGAGUCGUUGCUCUGACUGGCUCAUCCAUGUGCAGUGAAGAAGCGGAAACUGGUUCAGAGAGGGUUAUUUCGGCCACAGACACAAUUCGGCGACGCAUCCUCGUGGUACCCGGCGGGCAGGAAGUGGCUAGCACGGUUGGCGGUUUGCUGUGUCUUCCGACCCCUGCCAGGCUGAAGCAGACGCUGCAACCCUUCGACCCAGUGUAUUCUUCUCGCAAUUACCUGUCUGUGUGCGGAAAUAUCCUCGGCAGAAUGCCGGACAAUUUAAACAAACUCAUACCCCUGCCGGAGGGUUCGGCAGAGCAGAGCCUGGUAACAGUUUCUGCCGGUGUCCGUGCCCUCGAAUAUCUCGCUUCAACAGCGAAUCUGGCUAAAAAGGAGGUCAAAGGCCUUCUUAAAUCAAUCAUCCAGCAUGUCAACAUUGGGUAUGCAAGUCUAUUGACUUUCAAGCAUAAGGAUGGCUCCUUUUCGACGCUUGGACAGCAGUCAACUCACCAGGGAAGUACCUGGCUCACUGCUCUUGUGUCUGGAGUUCUUAGUGAGACUGAAAGGACCAUGAAGGAUUUGAAACUUCGGGGUCUGAAUGUGGUUAGUCUGGAUCCCCUCCCGGGGCUGUCGACAGCUUUCGACUUCCUCCUAACAGUGCAGCGUCCUGAUGGGUGUUUUAUUGAGCGAGACGUCGCGUCUCGCAACCGAUUGCGCGUCAACUCUGAUCCAGAUGAGCAGGAGAGAACUGCUGAUCUCGCUCUCACCUCUCACGUGCUCUCUGCCCUCUCAGACAUCGCCAACAUCCAGAGGAUAGCAAACUCCUCCGUCUACGAUAACAGUGUCCGUUCGGCUGUGACCUGUCUUCUCAGUACUGUUGACUCCCUUGGCGUCUCACGAUUGCCUACUUCGGUACUGGCACCCCUUAGCUUUGCACUUUCUCGCUCACCGACCGGUGUGACCCUAGCACGACAGGACCGCGUCCAAGGUCUCCUUGCAGAGCUGCGCCGGCGCGCAUACGAGCAGAACUCGGACGGAGGUCAUCUCCGUUGGUGGGCGGACGAUGCCUCCGCUGAUUUCAGAGAUCCCGCCCCGGCGAUUGAGACAACAGCCUUCGCCCUCCUCGCGCUCUCCGCCAAUCAAACUGCGGCCGAGAAUUUAGCCGUAAUUAGAUGGCUUUUGCAGCAACAGAAUGAACGUGGGGGUUUCUACACCACCCAAGCCACCGUCGUGGCCUUGAAAGCCCUGGUGCAGGCACUGGGGCUGUCACGCUCAGAGGAAUCCCCUGUGGAGACACUUGUCAGCGUCACUUUGUGCCCGCUUGACUCGUCACAUGCAUGUACUUCAAGAGUGGUUACGCAGGUAAAUAAUUUGAACGAGCAUUGCACAGGAGAGUAUUUGAAUGACCGCCCCAGCGUCAAUGGCCUGGCCCAGAGUGUUGUCUGGGAAGCAUCCUCAUCUCAACCAGACAAGGAUUAUUGUGUCUCAGUUGGCUUAACAACAUCUUAUCAUACUCUGGAACCGAUGAAUGAAUCCCCCUUCUCCCUGGAAGUGAUGCUUAGCCAGGGUGAAGACACCAAACCCGAGUGUACCCAUGCCCGAGUGAGCGUCUGCGUAAGACUUUCAGAGAGGGCGGUAAAGCAAUCCUCACCUCUGACCACGGGCAUAAUCCUCCUUAGCGUGCAGCUCCCCACUGGGUGGGCAAUCAACUCGACAGAGUCAACAUCACUCCGUUUUCUGCAACAACAACAACAACAACAACAACAACAACAACAACAACAACAACAACAACAACAACAACAACAACAGCCUUCUGCUCCUCUUCGCGUUGAUCUGGAUGCCGACAAUCAGACCGUCUUGGUCUACUUCCAAGCCUUCACGGAAACGGAGUCAGCGGAAUUGGGAGGGCGCGAUAGGCUGUUGCGAUGCUUUACCCUGGACCUGCAGCAAACGGUGCUUGUAGAAUCUCCCGUCCCUUCCACGAUCUCUGUCCAGGACUACUUCGCACCGCAUCGUAGAACAAGCCGUACCUUCACUCCAAACACCUGCAGAGGGUACUGGGGAUGGCCGGAUUUGUGGAGAGUUGUCAAGAAUGAGACAGCAGUAGCAGCAGCAGCGACAGCGGCAGUCUGUCCCCGUUGUUCUGGCAUAUCUCGUGAGGAAUUGAUUCAGACCAUCGAGGAAUCUCUGUGCUUGAACAGGGGCAGUCUUCUCCUCAUCAGCCCUGGCCGGCAGAAGUUGGAGUCGAUUGAGGCCACGGCCUAUGAGAUUGCUUUUGGUGGAAAUAUUGCCGUGUGGAAUACGACCCUAAAACUUGCCGACCACUGUCCAUGUGAGACCGUCAGGCCAAACCCUACAAGUGCAUUUGUGAUGUUUUCGAGUUCUCAACCUCCGGCUGUUGGAGCUACUGAGAUGCUUUUGACGGAUUUUACUAUUGUCAGCCUGAAUGAAGUUCAGGAGGCACUGAUGGACAAAACCAGCCACUUUUUGCCCAAAACAGUACUGGACAAGUGUGAAAGAUUGCGAGGACUGCGAAGGCUUCUGCGCAGGCGAUCUGUGUACAGCUGA